AUGAGUGACGGCAGUUUUGUCGUGAUUGGUACUGCAAAGGAAGUACCUGAAACGGUAGAGGAGGAGAUAGCAAGACGGAAAAAGAAUGAGUAUGCAAACCAGGUGGUUAAGGACAAACAGGGUCGAAGACGAUUUCAUGGCGCUUUUACUGGAGGAUUUUCAGCAGGAUUUUUCAAUACUGUGGGAACUAAAGAAGGAUGGGCUCCAUCUGAGUUUGUGUCAUCUCGAUCAAGAAUGAAAAACAAGACAGAACAGCGUCCUGAGGAUUUUAUGGAUGAAGAGGAUCUAGAGGUAUUUGGUAUUGCUCCACGACAAGUAGUAACAACUGAACCAUUUGCUGGAGAAAGAGAGGAUGAUUUGGAGAAGUUAAGGAAGCGAGUGAGACAGCACACAUUGCUGGCACCUUUGGAAGAUGUCAUACGACCUACAAGGAUGACUAUUGGCAUGCGCUUGUUGAACAAGAUGGGUUGGAAGGAAGGACAAGGCAUUGGACCAAGAGUUGCAAGAAACAUAGGAGUGAAACAGUAUGGCUGUGUACAAAGACCAGAACAGGAAUUGCAAGAUGAUGGUGUGACAUAUGCUCCACGUGAUGUGGAAGUAUUUCAAAUUACUCCAAAAGAUGAUGUAAAAGGCAUAGGGUAUAGCGGUCUGGAUCCUACAGCAGCUCUUCAUCGACUGAAAGAGAAAGAAAACAAAAAGCUAAUGGGAAUAUCAGGCCAGGCAUUUGGAAUUGGUGCAUUAGAAGAUCAUGAUGACGACAUAUAUGACAUUGAUCAUCUUUCUAAUUACAAUCGCAUUCUUGAUUCUGGCAUGUCAUCUGACAAUCAGUUUGGGUGGACUGGAUGUAAUGCAAGAGCCUCAGAUGGCACUGAAACUGUCAAUAAUUUGUUUCGAAAGGCAGAUGAGACAUUGGCUUCGCAGAAGAGAUUUCCUCCUCCAUUGUUACCAAAAGACUUCAAACCAUAUCAUCAACAACAUCUUUCACAGAUGCAUGUCUCAACACCAGCUGAUCUAGGCAAGAAACUGACUGCACAAGAACGUGGUUACAUCCUUGGAGAGUCUACUAUUGGUGGUUUAUCGUCAGUUUAUGGCUUGGUGUCAGGAGAAGACAGGAUGAGACUUUUAGCAGCUCGAGAAUUAACAGGAGAACAUGGAAAACAAAUGCAACCAUUUCUCAGAGAACACAAAACACAGGAACAACCAGAUGGCUACCCGAUGCAGAGCAAUAACUGCCAACCUGAAACAGAACAUUAUAGGAAAACAGCAAAACAGUUUGAGAAGUUGGCUGGUGCCAUGGCAUCUCGCUUUACUUCUUCUUAUGUAGAGAAGCAAACUGAUCAGACAGUGGAACAGAAAGUUGAUGAGACAGAUGUCAGAUUAGACGAAGCUGUUUCAGUUGCAAAAAUGAAAAUAUUUGGACUGAUGACAAGACAGAUCAUUGACUGGCACCCAGAUAGGCUAGUGUGCAAAAGAUUUAAUGUUCCGGAUCCUUACCCAAAAUCAAGUAUUGUUGGCAUUCCAAAACAGAAGAAGUCUUCUUCACUGGACCAUUUGAUGUCUACAGGUCAUCUAAAUGCCUUAGGAACAGGGGUGCCUCAAACUAGAAGUCGCGAUGGGGUACAGUCAGGUGAUGCUCCUAAACUUGAAUUUCAGAGAGUAAUAGAGAGUCACUCUCUCUACACGGAGAGAGAAAGACAAAAACUUCCAUCAAGUGGUGUUGAUAUUGCUAACAACAAGGAUCAGUUUGUUGAUGAGAUUCCUGAGCAAGAAGAAGAAAGACCUUCACUUGAUAUCUUUAAAGCAAUAUUUGCUGAGUCGGAAGAAUCAGAAAGUUCUGAAAAUGAGGAUGAAGACACUGCUGAAGACACUAUGUAUGGCCCGUGCUUACCACCGCCAGUUUUAGAAGUUGUUGCAAAAUUUGACAGAGAUGGUGGCGGUGAGCCAGAUACAGACGAUUAUAAGUCAUCCUAUAAACCUUCCAGUAAGUCAUCGAAGUUCACCAAGAAGAAGAAACACAAAAAGAAUAAGAAACGGAAACGAAGAGAAUGAUUAUGCUAUUGUAUAUGCUAAGGGUGUGGUAUAUAAUCUACUUCUACAUCUCGUGUACUGAGUUAGAAGUGUAAAAGAAAGGAAAACUACAAAUGCAAA